UUACCGUUAUGAUUGUGACUAAGGACUAAAACCGAAUAACGGACAACUGGAUGGAACAGCGAUUAUCCCCCAGUUUUCCUCUAACAUUAUCUGUUCAUUGAUAUUGUACUGUGCAAGCCACUAUUGUACUUUGUGCCUCGCGUUGCUUACGUGUUACAUUUUUUCAAUCGUGUAAAUUCGAGGUUAAUAAGUAAACAGAAUGGCAACAAAGACGUAUGAGUUUGACGUGGCUAUGACCUGCGAAGGUUGCUCUGGUGCAGUUGAAAGGGUGCUUAAAAAAAAACAAGGAAUUGAAAACAUCGCCAUAGAUCUUCCUGGUAAAAAAGUUUGUGUCACCUCAGAACUGCCACCCGAAGAAAUUUUGGAGUGCAUUAAAAAGACUGGAAAAGCAGCAUCAUUCAUUGGUGUCCAAGAAUAAUUUUUAGAAUGAGGAAACUUCCGGAUUGCAGCUUGUGAAGCAUCGAUUACAGGAUCGCUAUAUGUCUUUGUACAUUUAUAAAAAAUUUUCUUUCAACUGAUCUCUCGGUGACAAAGCAAUUCUUGGUAAAGCUU